UUAAGAGGGGGCUUCUUCCCUUAUUAAUCCCCAAAUAAAUAGGUUCCCCGGCGAUGGCCUCUUUGCAGAAGGAGAACUCCUGGGGGCUGUCUACACCCAAGCCUGCGGGGCGUCCCACACAACAGUCGAUCGUAGAAAGCAAAAUAAAGAAAGCCACUGGAGUGAAGAACACCAGCAGUUACUCUGCAGUGAUGACGGAGCUCAAGUCGGUGUGCGUCUCGGUGGACGAGGUGGUCUCCAGCAACACAGAGCUGUGCGAGAAGGAUAUGCUGAAUGGGCAUCUGAAAAAAGUGGACAACAACCUCACAGAGGCCCAGCGCUUGUCCUCCUUGCCCCGGAGGGCAGCUAUCAACAUUGAAUUCAAGGACCUUUCCUACUCGGUCCCAGAAGGACCCUGGUGGAAGAAAAAAGGUGGAUUAGAUGAUUCAAGAUUCGUGGUGGCUCUUAACAUCUCAUAUGAGUGCAAAGAAUUCACAGAGAUGGGCCAGCGUCCAGGAUACAAGACCCUGCUGAAAGGAAUUUCUGGGAAAUUCAACAGUGGGCAGCUGGUGGCCAUCAUGGGUCCUUCCGGGGCUGGGAAGUCCACGCUCAUGAACAUUCUGGCCGGAUACAGGGAGACGGGCAUGAAGGGAACCAUCCUCACCAACGGCAAAGCCCGGGACCUGCGCUGCUUCCGGAAGGUGUCCUGUUACAUCAUGCAGGACCACAUGCUGAUGCCGCACCUCACAGUGCAGGAGGCCAUGAUGGUAUCCGCGCAUCUGAAGCUCAAGGAGAAAGACGAAGGCAGAAAGGAGAUGGUCAAGGAGAUCCUGACGGCUCUGGGCUUGCUGUCUUGUGCCACCACUCGGACCGGAAGUCUCUCAGGCGGGCAGCGGAAGCGCCUGGCCAUCGGGCUGGAGCUGGUGAACAACCCUCCUGUCAUGUUCUUCGAUGAGCCAACCAGCGGCCUGGACAGCUCCUCCUGCUUCCAGGUGGUCUCCCUGAUGAAAGGGCUGGCUCAGGGAGGGCGGUCCAUCAUCUGCACCAUCCACCAGCCCAGCGCCAAGCUCUUCGAGAUGUUCGACCAGCUUUAUGUUCUUAGUCAAGGACAGUGUGUGUACCGGGGGAAAGUCUCCAAUCUUGUACCAUAUUUGAGGGAUUUAGGUCUGAACUGUCCAACCUACCACAACCCCGCUGAUUUUGUCAUGGAGGUGGCGUCCGGUGAGUACGGCGAUCAGAACGGCCGCCUGGUGAGAGCCGUCGGUGAGGGCCUGUGUGACUCUGACUGCAGGAAAGAGCCUCCUGGGGGCGAUGGCGAGGUGAACCCCUUCCUCCAGCACCAGCCCUCGGAAGAGGUAAAGCAGUCCAAAGGAUGGAAGGGGCGGAAGAAGAACUCCGCUUCCACGGAAAGCUGCCACAGCGCCUCCGCCAGCUGCCUCGCCCAGUUCUUCAUCCUCUUCAGGAGGGCCUUAUUGAGUACCGUGAGGGACGCGGUCUUGAUGCACCUGCGGGCCACCUCGCACAUUGCCAUCGGCCUCCUCAUCGGCCUGCUCUACUUGGGGAUCGGGAACGAAGCCAAGAAGGUCAUGAGUAACUCCGGCUUCCUCUUCUUCUCCAUGCUGUUCCUCAUGUUCGCGGCCCUCAUGCCCACUGUGCUCACGUUUCCCCUGGAGAUGGGUGUGUUUCUCCGGGAACACCUGAAUUACUGGUACAGCCUGAAGGCCUACUACAUGGCCAAGACCCUGGCCGACGUGCCCUUCCAGAUCGUGUUCCCGGUGGCCUACUGCAGCAUCGUGUACUGGAUGACGUCGCAGCCGUCCGACGCCGUGCGCUUUGUCCUGUUUGCUGCACUGGGCACCAUGACCUCGCUGGUGGCGCAGUCCCUGGGCCUCCUGAUUGGAGCUGCUGCCACAUCCCUGCAGGUGGCAAUCUUCGUGGGCCCCAUGACGACGAUCCCCAUCCUCCUCUUCUCAGGAUUUUUCGUCAGCCUUGGCACCAUCCCCACCUACCUGCAGUGGAUGUCCUACAUCUCCUACGUCAGGUACGGGUUUGAGGGGGUCAUGCUGUCCAUCUACGGCCUGGACCGCGAGGACCUGCACUGCGACGUGGACGAGACCUGCCACUUCCAGAAGUCGGAGGCCAUCCUGAGAGAGCUGGACGUGGAGAACGCCAAGCUCUACCUGGACUUCAUCGUCCUGGGCAUUUUCUUCAUCUUGCUGCGCAUCAUCGCCUACUUUGUCCUGAGGUACAAAAUCCGGGCAGAGAGGUAGAGCUCCUGACUGCCGGCAGACAGGAGCAUUAGACACUGCCGCCAAGGGCACCUGGCCGCGUCGCGGCCACCAGCCUGUGCCCGAGGACAGGACGACUGGGACCCAGCCCCUAGCCACCACGUCUGGCUCGUGGGUGCCAAGCGUUCAACAGCUCUGCCCCGGAGGGACGGGUCUUCUCCCCAUUCCCCUUCCCAGCUUUAACUAGGAAGAAGAUGUAGAAGGGGUAAUUUUCACGUGCAGAAUUUAAACCGCCCACAACUGGGGCAGCAUUGAAACCUGCCACAGAGCUGGUGACAAGAGGUUUCCCUGGUCGCACCCUUCCUCGUGACCAGGUAGCUCUGGUCCCGGGCGGGGGCCGCGAGCAGCCCCUCGCCUGGUCACUGCGCAGUUAGGCGUCCUGGGGAGAAAGGCGGAGAGGAAACCGGUUCUGUUUUAUGACUUGCUUUUCAUAGUUUUCAUAUUUCUACAGUUUGUCUCUUUUUCCAAUGAGAAGUCACUUUCCAAGCCCAAAGCCUGUGAAUGUCAUUCAUUUGAAGAAGCUGUGUCUCUGCAGCCCUUGUGGGAGAGAGUUGUUCAGGGUGGCCCGGCCUCGCUGACAGACAGAACCUGUGAAAGGUGCAAGUGCGGGGCCCAAGUUGAGAGACUUGGGAACUGUACGCGCGAAGCCGUGCGGAAAUUUUAAAAAAUUACACAGAAAGUGGGAAGGCGAAGUUGGCCCACUCUUUCCAAGUUUUUUAUUUUCCCCAGGCUUAUUUUAAGCAAAAUAUAUUGUUUCUUUCUUCCUAA